GAGUUAAGCCCUUAAUGUUUGAGUGUAUGUAUAGUACUGUAGUGUAUAUGCAAUGAAUGUGUGCUCCAAUUGAUUGCAAUAAAUAUGGAGUUUUGAAAACAAAAACAUUUCUAACAUUUUAAACAAAUAUUUAUAAAAUUUGUUUGAAUUAUGUGUUCAUUAGUUAAUCAUUUGAUUGAUUGUUGAGACCAUUGGUCAGUGUUUUCAGUGAUUUGUAUUUCUUGAGUGUUGGACAACCAUUUGGCCGCAAAUAUCAAUUAAGUGGACACUUGUUGACCGAUUGAUCCAACGAUUUGAUGACUGAGUCCUUUGUAAUGACUUCUGAUUUGUUAUCGACUGAAUGUCGGACAAGAAGUGAUGAUAACAUCGGUGACCAAGAGUUAGAUUCAACGCUAAACGUGGAUGAACUGCAUGUUAACCAUACGGAAGACUGCAAUGACAGUAACGACAACAACAACCACUUGUCUCCUCAUUGUCUCAUCAAUUCAUUGAACUCAUCACAUGUGUCUGCAUCGACAUCACCACAAACUGAUGCCAAAGAGCGACAUUGCGUAAACUAUAAUGAGUUAAACGACUCGGAAGAUAGUUUCGGUGGCCAUAAUAAGGCAAAACAAUCACAUAUUUUAUCGCCCGAUGAGUCGUCUCUUAGGACAGACAGGAGAUCUAGUAGUGAUCUCUUGAGUGACCAGAAAUCAGAUAAUAAUUUAUAUAACAUAUGUUUAAAUACUGAAAGCAAUGACAAUAAUGUUUCCCACUUAAGACGUGUUGAUUUGGAUGAGCAGACAAUUAUGUCAUUGACAUCACAUGAAUUCAGACAUCAUUGGAAUCAACAAAAACUAUAUAUUGAUUACAUUGAGUAUCAAUUAAGACAAUUAAAUAGAGAUAAAAGUGAUUUAAUAUCAUUGAGAGAAUCGGAAGAAAGGCUUAAACAUCAACAACUGGAAGCUAAUCGACGAGAAAAUGUAUUAGUUAUGAGAUUGACUACAAAAGAGCAAGAAAUGCAAGAAUAUUUGAAUCAGAUCCAAGAACUAAAGCAAUCUCAGGUGCCAUCCAAAGAGCAAUUGCAGAGUACACUCUUAGAUCCUGCAGUUAACCUAAUGUUUGCAAAAAUGAAGAAAGAAGUGGACUCUUCGCGAGCAAAAGUUGACGAAAUGCAGAAUGAAUUGAAUGCCUGGAAGUUUACUCCAGACAGUACAACUGGUAAGCGAUUGAUGUCAAAGUGUCGUCUUUUGUAUCAGGAAAAUGAAGAGUUGGGUAAAAUGAUAGAAUCGGGACGUAUUGCUAAACUUGAAGGCGAACUCUCACUUCAGAGAAAUUUCUCUGAAGAGCUCAAGAAGAGUCAAUCGGAAAUGGAUGAGUUUUUGCUUGAAUUAGACGAAGAUGUGGAGGGAAUGCAAAACACUAUUUAUUAUUUACAACAACAACUAAAGGAAGCAAAAGAAAAGUUGAGUAGAUAUGAGUCAAAUAAAAUUCAACAAAAUUCAUGUGUUCAUCAAAAUAACAACAAUUUGACAAACAAUUCACCAAAUUUUGAACCAACAUUAGAUAGUAGUGAUAAUCAUAGUAAAGGUGUCGUCAAUAACAUUAAUCUCACCGAUGAUAACACAUCUACCAAUUCAUACCAAUCAUAUAAUUAAUAACUUUAUUUUUAAAAUAUAUAACCAAUAACAACAUUAUCUUUUGUUUGUUUUAC